AACGAAAACGAGAAAUAGGAAAGGAAAAUUAAGAAAAAAGAGGACCCUGUAAGAGCUAGGAAACCUUCCGGAGGUGAAGUCCUUCAUCCCCAAUUUGUUCCCGGAGGAUCAAUCAGCUUUCCACUUGGGGUGAAUUUGGGGUUGAAGGGAAGUUGAUCAUGGAUCAGAUUCUGAACAAGGUUGGGUCGUACUGGUUCUCUCAGAAGGCUAACAAGGAGAUCUCCUCUGUCGGGGAUGACCUCAAUUCAUUGUCCACCAGCAUCGAAGGAGGCACAAAGUGGCUGGUUAACAAGAUAAAAGGAAAGAUGCAGACGCCACUACCAGAACUUCUGAAACAAUAUGAUCUGGCAGUAGGCAUUUUCCCCAGGGAUGCCACCCAUUAUGAAUUUAAUGAGGAGACGGGAAAGCUAACUGUGUUUAUGCCGGCCAUCUGUGAGGUUGGCUACAAGGACUCAUCUGUUCUACGUUUUUCCACCACUGUUGUUGGAUAUCUUGAAAAAGGGAAACUUGCUGAUAUCGAAGGUAUAAAGACAAAGAUGGUAAUUUGGACAAAAGUAACUGCCAUUUCAUCAGAAGGUUCAAAGCUAUAUUUCACGGCUGGUGUUAAGAAAUCAAGAAGCCGCGAAGCUUAUGAAGUCCUUAGAGAUGGCAUAACAAUCGAAAAGUUUUAAGUUUGUAAGCAAUCAAGUGAAGUAAAAAGCUUUCGAGUUCUCCAUCGUGACAUAGUUUGCCAUACAUAUGUAAACUUUGUAUCAACAGUGAGACGGAUGCUAUUUACCUUUCCCACCUGAUUAUGUUUCUAUAGUGAGAUGGAUGACAUUACUUUUCCUGUUUCUCCCUGAUUGUGUUCUUAUGUGGGAAAGUUUCGCACUUAAUGUCAGCCUGCAAAAUUUUAGUGACAAUUCUGGCUUUUGAUUUUCUUGGUGCUGAUGUGGCUUACUCAUAGCCUUGACAUGAACGCUACUGAGCAGGAUUAUGUAAACGGGAAAUCAUGUACGUCAGUAAUGGUGCAAUGAAGAAAGUUUAUUUGCUGCA